UCCAAGUCUUAUAUCACCCUUCAAGGGACUUGGAGAUCGCUAGAAUAAUACACAAUUGCCUUCGACACCGUCGACCCCCAAACAAAUACGAUGUCGAACGGAGUGAACGGCCAGACGACAGCUGAUGGCUCGUCUGAGUCUCAUAUUUCCUCGCAACGGUAUUUGAGCACCAGAGGCGAUGACUACGACCUUUCAUUCGAGGAAGUCGUUUUGAAAGGUCUAGCAUCUGACGGAGGCCUUUAUAUUCCCGAAGAAAUCCCCAAAGCGGAAAAUUGGGAGAGCUGGAAAGAUCUGUCCUUCCCCGACCUGGCCCUUGAAGUCCUAUCCUUGUACAUUGCUCCGUCUGAGAUUCCGCGCGAAGACCUCAAGGGUAUUAUUGACAGGAGUUAUUCCACCUUCCGUGCGCCUGAGACCACCCCCCUACGACAUCUCCACGACAACCUAUAUCUCCUAGAACUUUUCCACGGCCCUACAUUCGCCUUCAAGGAUGUUGCUCUACAGUUCCUAGGCAACCUAUUCGAGUACUUUUUAGUGCGUAAGAACGAGGGGAAGUCGGGCAGUGAUCGUCACCAUCUCACCGUGGUUGGCGCUACAAGUGGUGACACCGGGUCAGCAGCCAUCUACGGUCUUCGCGGCAAGAAGGAUGUGUCCGUGUUCAUUCUACAUCCUAAGGGCAGGGUCAGCCCUAUCCAAGAAGCCCAGAUGACCACGGUGUUGGACGCCAACGUCCACAACCUGGCUGUUACCGGCACCUUCGACGAUUGCCAAGAUAUUGUGAAGGCUCUGUUCGCCGAUCCCGAUAUCAACUCAACCCUUAACCUCGGAGCGGUGAAUUCCAUCAACUGGGCCAGAAUUCUCGCCCAGAUUGUUUACUACUUCUACUCUUACUUCUCACUUGUCAAGUCCUCUGGUUUAGCCUUAGGUGAGAAGGUCCGGUAUGUUGUGCCUAGCGGUAAUUUCGGCGAUAUUCUAGCCGGGUACUUCGCGCACAGAAUGGGUCUUCCUACAGAGAAAUUGGUCGUCGCCACAAAUGAGAAUGACAUCCUCGAUCGAUUCUGGAAGACCGGAAGAUACGAGAAGAAACCUGCCUUCGGCCAAGAGGCGCAGGGAGGCUUGGCGGUUGAUGGUGUUAAAGCGCACGAAGAUGGCGUCAAAGAAACCCUGAGCCCUGCCAUGGACAUUCUUGUCUCAAGCAACUUCGAGAGACUACUCUGGUUCCUGGCCUACGAAUUUGCUUCUAUAGCCGGCAUGGACGACGAGUGGAACAGAAAGCAAGCUAGCCAGGAGGUAGCGGCCUGGAUGAAGCAACUAAAGUCGAGCGGUGGUUUCGGCCCAGUUUACCAGGACGUGCACUCCAGUGCUAAACGUGACUUCGAAAGCGAACGGGUGAGCGAUUCGCAGACGGUUGAUACAAUCAAGGACUACUUCAAGAAGAUCGACUACGUCCUAGAUCCUCACUCAGCCAUUGGCGUGGCUGCUUCAUUACGGUCGCUAGAACGUUCUAAGGCACCACAUAUUUCGCUUUCGACCGCCCACCCGGCCAAGUUCGCCGGCGCAGUCGAGAUGGCCUUGAAAGAUGAGGCCGGAUUUGACUUCGAAGAGAAGGUGCUCCCGCCCGAGUUCCACGGCUUAGAGGCGAAGGAGAAGAGAGUUACCGAAGUCGUCAACGACUGGAAGACGGUUAGAGAGAUCGUCAAAAAGCAGGUAGAAGAAGAGUUGAAGGGCGAAGCAUAAGACGGCGUUCAGAAUUUUGGAUUUUGCAUAAGACACAUUCAUCGACCAUGUGCAUUGAAUUUGCGCGCGCUCGUGUUCGCUCGCAGAGAUAAAUAUAUAAAUCAAUAAAUACCCUCUUACUCAUCUACGCCGACUCCUGAAACUACUAUUUUCUAUGUACUAUCAUUAUUCGUACAAUGCAUGUUGCACAAUUACUCAAGUAUAGGGGGAAUAGGAGAAGUAUCACACCGCGCAUGCGCAUAUAAGAGCGAUUAAUACAUCGAAUUUUCUCAAUUAUCAUCG